AUGCAUUUAUAUUUCAUUUAUAAAAUCCUGAUUUUCCCCAUAAUACUCCAAUGUGUAUAUAAUUAUAAGAUUCAAAACACUUUUAAAUUUUCUGAAACAAAAUUUUUUGAUAACAAUGGGAGCAUACUAAAUAGUCAGGAUGCUGCAUAUCCAGCAAAAUGGGCAAAAAAAAGAAAUUUCCAAACUCGAAUGGUAAAAAAGUUCAUAAAUGCUAGGGUCCCAUUCGAUCCCCAAACGCAUUUAAACGACAUCCCGUAUAAAGAUGAGUUGGAUAGGAUACAAAUACGGGGUAAAAAAAUUGAAAUGCGCUCGAUUUUUUCUCCUAAUGGAAAAUUAAUACCUGCAACUUUAAUAAAAAUAAUGCCGAAUAUAAUAUAUAGGUUUCUUGAUUUUGGAAAAGUUGGAAUUGCUUAUGGAAAACCAUUGAAUGAAAGCAGAUGGAUACUAAAACCCGAAAUAGGGCAAAUAUCUAAAAUCAAUUCAAAUUUAAAAAAUACUUGUAGCUUAACAUUAACCCCACCUCAAAAUUUUGUACUAGGCCAAAUCAUAGAUGUUUCAUAUUUAUAUAAUUAUAAAUAUGUAAAUGUUAGGGGAUUAUCAAAAGGAAAAGGGUUUUCAGGGGUUAUCAAAAGAUGGGGAUUUCAUAGAGGCCCAAUGACGCAUGGAAGUGGACAUCAUCGAAAGCCAGGAUCAAUCGGUGCGUCAACACACAUUGGAAGAGUUUUGAAAGGAAAGAAAAUGCCAGGAAAAGAUGGAAAUAAAUUUAGGACUAUGAUUAAUCUAAAAUUAUUGGGAUUAAAUUUAGAAAGAAAUGAAAUAUUAGUAAGUGGUUGUAUACCUGGAAAUAGAAAUUCGGAUGUAACAGUAACAGCAACACGAGACAACAAAAUUAAUAAAUAUAAAUAUAUUUUAGAUAUGUUAUAUGAACAGGAAAAAAAUAUUAAAUAA